GUUGUGGUGCACCUAGGGCGCCCUCCAGUUGAUCAACCGCCUGCCCCGUCCAGUGCAGGCCCUGUCGUUCCCUCCGCCGUCGCCCGCGCUCCAUCCGCUCCGUUUCGCCUUCGGGGAAACUUGAUUCUUCUUUCCCUCUACUUCCUCUCACUUAUUCUAACUUCAUACAACUCUUUUCUCUCUAUCAUCCCAACCUCCUUUUUCGUCCUUUUCCCGCCCUCACUCUCAGAUUCAGCUCCCAACUCCCACUGGUUUCUCUGGUCCCCAGGCUAUCGCUUUUUUCGAGUUUAUAAGUCAAUGGCCGGCGCCAUUCGCUGAGUGGGAAGCGGUCGGUCACGGCGCGUGGGAGCGUUCCCCCGCAGUACCUUCGUACCGGCUGCGAGGUUCCAACCGCAGCAGACGUCAGUUCCUCUCAACAGGCGGAACUUUUUGAUUUUUUGGGGGGGCGGAAUCGGCUUGGGACAUUGAGGGAUCACUUUGAUAGCGGAUUACUAGGUUACGAACAAUCCACGGCCCGUAGGACUUGUCGUAGGGUUGAUCCCGGCUCCCGAAAUACAUCAACUUGACGUCUGCGCCGGACCGGGGGACAAAGAUAUAUCGAGUCGAGAUAUCUGUGGACGAGCGCCCGGGAUAGUCUACACGAUUGAGCGAUAACGGCAGAUAAUAGCUCUGCCACAUUUCAUUCUCGAAUCCAUAUCGCACGCAUCGAGUUAUCAAAAAUACGGCCAGUGACAGACACAUCUUGACGUUGGACGACUGGGAUGUCGUCAACUGACCAAGUCCCUCCCGAAGCUGCCCGGUCGCCGUCUUCAGACUAUGCUGCAUCAUCCUACGGUUACGCAUCCUCCAACGCUCCAAUGUACUCCACGACGGUCACCCCCUUACACCGAUGGGCACUCAACGCCUCAGAUACCCAGUUCAACGCUGUCGCUGGCGCAGUGGGCGGUUUCACAUCAGGUGUCGUGACAUGCCCUCUCGACGUCAUCAAGACCAAACUACAGGCGCAGGGUGGCUACGCCGCCUUGAAUAAGGGACGACAUGUUGGCCACCCCAAGUUGUACAAUGGUCUCGUUGGUUCAGCAAAGGUCAUAUGGAGAGAGGAAGGGAUCAGAGGCCUCUACCGCGGUCUGGGGCCUAUUGUAAUGGGCUACUUGCCAACAUGGGCUGUGUGGUUUACUGUUUAUAACAAGAGCAAGGUGUAUAUAUCACAAUAUUCAGACAACAGUCACAUAGUCAACUUCUGGUCGUCUAUCGUAGCAGGCGCCAGCAGUACAAUCGUCACCAACCCGAUAUGGGUCAUCAAAACUCGGCUCAUGUCACAGAGCAAUAUCCGCCACAACACACAAGACCACCACUCUACAUACUACCCGAAAGCUGUGGGCACACCAACAGCCCGGCCAACACUACACGACUGGCAUUACCGAUCAACGCUAGAUGCAGCUCGCAAGAUGUACACUUCGGAAGGCCUCAUUUCGUUUUAUUCAGGCUUGACACCAGCACUCCUUGGCCUAACACAUGUUGCUGUGCAGUUUCCGACCUACGAGUACUUGAAGACCAAGUUUACCGGUCAGGGAAUGGGUGAAUCGAAGGAGGGAGACGAUAAAACUCAAGUUUUUGGAAUAUUGGGGGCCUCUAUUCUAUCCAAGAUCCUUGCCAGUACUGCCACAUACCCUCACGAAGUCAUCCGAACCCGUCUUCAAACCCAACGGCGCCCACUUGCCGGCGAAGAGUUCGUUCAAGGGAUGGGAGUGACAAGUUCAGGCCCCAGGAGCAGGGCCCCCGUGGAGAAACCCAAGUAUCAGGGCGUCGUUAAUACCUUUCGAACCAUUCUAGCUGAGGAAGGUUGGCGAGCGUUCUAUGCUGGUCUUGGUACUAAUAUGAUGCGGGCUGUUCCAGCAGCAACCGUCACCAUGCUGACUUACGAAUAUGUCAUGAGGCAAUUAUACCAUACCAGGGCUGAGGCACGCCAUUUAUUGCUCGACCCUUCGGUGGAGUCAUAAAUGCUUAACAGUCCUCAGUUUGGGGAAACGUCAGAAUCACAGGAGUUGAACGAUCAUGGCGAAGGAAUGUACACAUGGAUUCACGGAAGGUAUAGGAUUAGAAGAUGGGGCAAGGCAGAGAUACCCUUAGUCGGCUGAAGGCUUAGACAAAUUUCUGGUUCACUAUGGGACAUACGUGGCGAACGUUACGGCGACUUGGUUCCUAUCAUUUCCAUUUUUCAUAUACAGAGGAAUGUAUACAGCAGGCGCAUAUGGCUGCACAACCCCUCUCUUCUCUUGUUUGAAGAGCAGAGAAAGCUCGAUUUUCUGAGUCGCAUUAAGGGGCUGAUGAGUCGAGGCAUGGCGAAAUUGGUGCAGCGCAGGCAUUCAGAUGGAGUUUGUUUCAUGAUUUAACUUCGAGAAACUAGACAACAAAUCAUAAAAAAUACAAUACGUUCAAAUUCAUAUGCUUUGCAGAAUGAUUGAC